UUUUGCAACGUCUUUGACUAGUUUCCAAGUAAAUCGGUAUCGAUGACAGUUUAUUUUAGAGGAUUGAACGGGGAGUAGUUACGAGCACACCGUCAGUUAGUACUUGAGAGAUCGGACUCUCCUGUUUCUUUCUUUUUUUGCUUGGAUAUGGACUUCGUUUACCGUCCUGUGAUUCUGUGUAUAACUUAGUGCUUCCACGGACAAUCACUAGCGAUUUGGAUGAGAGAUUGUAGCUGACUCGUUAUUCAUCAAAAACGUUAUCCACUUUAAUUCACUAAAUAAGACUCCAAAAUUUUAUUAGCUAAGUUUUACGUCUAUGUAACUAAUUUUGGACAGUUACGAUAUUAGUGACAAAGACUCUUACGUGAUAUAUCUAUUAUUGCUUGGAUUAUGAACAAUUAGAUCAGUACGUGACAACACUUAACACCCCACAUCAAAAGUUUGCUAUGGUUUAAAAUCACGUUGACAGCGAAUAAUUUUGUGUUAGUUGGUACAUCCAUGGUUCUUGCAUUGAAUCUGUUUAGAACAAUAGCGUCAGUAAACUACCAUAUACAAAAAAGUGCCUUUUUGACAGCAUAUGUACGGGCGUGUGCCUACAAUUCAUAUACAACGCCCAGGUGCAACACGCGCAAAAAGAAAAAGCGACGUAUCAUCUGCAGAGGUGCAGAAUGCAACAGUAAAAUAUCCCGAAAUUGGGAGUUUACACCCAAUGGAUCAAAUAUGUAUUACUCAGAUGAACGGAAGUUACCCUUGAGAUUGGUGUCAUAUAAUGUGCUGGCUCAAGAUCUCCUGGAGAGCCACAGAUACUUAUACGCCGAAUGUAAAGAGGAGGAUCUGGUUUGGGAGAAACGUUGGAAGCGCAUCUUGGAAGAGAUUACUUCUGCAGAGCCUGAUGUAAUUUGUCUUCAGGAAGUUCAGGAGGAUCACUGGGAUCCAUUUUAUGUAAAUGAACUCUCAAAACUAGGUUAUAAGGGUCUGUACAAGAAACGAACAGGGGCCCGAGUGGAUGGUGUUGCCCUGUGGUACCGCUCAUCGCUUUUUCGUGUGGACAUUUGGAGUGCUGUUGAGUUCAACAUUCCCGGGGAACCGUACCUGGAUCGUGACAAUGUUGCUAUAGUAGCCAGAUUGGUUCCUACGAUACCUGGUUGGCAGCAUUUGGCAGUCGUAGUAGCCACCACUCACCUGCUGUACAACACUCACCGCCAUGACAUAAAACUGGCUCAGACCCAGUUGCUGUUAACAGAGUGUGAGUCGCUGGCGUAUCGCUCAGAUGCCACCAGAUUUGGUGGUCCACAGUAUUGGCCAUUGAUAAUCACAGGAGACUUUAAUCUCCUCCCAUAUUCAGGAGUGUAUAAAUUGCUCACAAAAGGGAGACUGGAGUAUGAAGGCUUACGUGCCAAGACUUUGACACUGAUGCCCCCAGGAGAAGAUGGGAAAAGACUUGGAAAGAAGUUAAUCUCUCCAGAACGUUGCAUAACUGACAAUUGUCAGUAUGUCUAUGACAUCCUAAACAGGCUUGAGGCGGAGGCUGGAGCUCCAGUGCAAGAAUGUUUGGCACCAACUCUAGACACUACACUACAGAACAUCAUCUCUAAGCAACCUGCUGUGGCAAAACAUCAUUGCUUCGCAGAUCUCAAAUUUGGAACAGGAACUCUCUCUCAUCCUUUCAAGCUACGCUCAGUAUAUUCACAUGGGAAACUCAACUCUGAUAUGGCAGAGGCAACAACAUAUCAAAAUGGUUGGUGCUCUGUGGACUAUAUAUUUUACAGUGUUCCUCAUGGUUUAAGAACUGAAGGCAAUCUGAAGAUGACAGCAAGGUACAAACUGUUUACACGGGGUGAAGCAAAAACUGUUGGUCCAAUUCCAAAUGAUGAACAUCCAUCCGAUCAUUAUCCAUUGAUGGUACAUUUCAUUCUUGUUCCAUGAUGAUGAUCAAAUAUUGCCUGAGAGCUGUGAAGGUAAUUCUUGUGACACACACACACACACACACACACACACAAACACACACA